AUGUCUCCAAGCAAGACCUCAUUUUCGACCGGCGCACUGGUUGAGCGUUCUCCCAACACCUGCUCCCCGACGAAAUCCCAAUCACCAGAAAAGACCAUGACCAAGCCGAGCUUUGACGAAAAGGCCAUGCCGCGCUUCAACUUUGCAGCGCAGCAGUACACUGCCGGACACGGUCAAAGUCAGACAUACAUUUCACCAUCAGACGCCAUUGCCAGCCCUACGACGAAGAAGUUGAGUGCGAUCAAGGGCAAGAGAUUCGCGUAUGUUCCUUCCAAAGCCUGCAAUCCUUCAGCCAUCUCCGACAAAUUGAGACAAAACGCAAAGCCACAGACUCUCUUUGCCAAAACACUCGCCAAACAGUCCCUGCAGACUCGACAGACGGAGCAGGCCAACAUUCAAGCCUAA